AUGAAGCGCAAGACAGAUGAGACAGGCUCUCAAGCCAAUGGACUUCCUGAGUCCAAGAAGCGCGCCCUAUCCACCGAGGAAGCUACAUCUCGCUUUCGUGAGGGUUUGUUCACUCCUUCGGAGCAGCAGAAGUACACCGAUGCAUACGCCAAGUCAAGUCCCUACUACCAUGGAGUCAUUCACGAAUUGAUCGAACCCUCGUUGUUGCGAUCCGUUCGCGAAGAGAUUCAAAAGCAGGUGGACUUCACCGAGAAAGAGACCGACAUCUAUAAGAUUUUCCAGUCAGGCGACCUGGCCAAUCUGGAUGGCCUCGACGAUUCCUCGCUGUCCAAACUGCCUUUCCUCCUGAAACUCCGUGAUGCAAUGUACUCGGCCCGAUUCCGGGAAUACUUGUCUGCCGUGACCGGCUCCGGCAAGCUCAGCGGGCGCAAGACCGACAUGGCCAUCAAUGUCUACACCGAGGGGUGCCACUUGUUGUGCCACGAUGAUGUUAUUGGUAGCCGACGUGUCAGCUACAUUCUCUACCUUACCGACCCCGACACCCCAUGGCAAGCACAGUGGGGUGGUGCCCUGCGUCUUUACCCGACCAAGACCGAGAAGGACGCCAAGGGAGAGGCCGUCACCAUUCCCAGCCCGGAUUUCAGUCUUUCUAUUCCUCCAGCCUUCAAUCAACUUAGCUUUUUCACCGUCCAGCCCGGUGAGAGCUUCCACGACGUCGAGGAGGUGUACCACCACGCCGAGGGAGAGGACAAAUCUAAGAAGCGCGUCCGUAUGGCCAUCAGUGGAUGGUUUCAUAUUCCCCAAGAGGGCGAGGAUGGAUACGAGGAAGGCCUCGAAGAGAAACUGGCAGAACGCAGCAGUCUAGCGCAGCUUCAAGGCAGAGGCGAUAUCUACGACCUGCCUCAAUCGCGACCGGUAUCCUGGGAGGAGCCCGAGGUGGAGGGCAAAGGCAAGGGCAAACUUGAAGAGCAGACCGAGGACACUGAGUUCAGUGAGACCGACCUGGAGUUCCUAGUGCAGUACCUCGCGCCGUCAUAUCUGACGCCCGACAUUGCCGAGGAGAUGUCCGACGCUUUCGCCAGCGAAUCAUCGCUCAGCCUUGAGCGCUUCCUCAACGAAAAAUUCGCUUCGCGUGUCAGUGCGUACAUCGAGGAUCAAGAGAGGCAAACUCUGCCGGCCUCGUCAGAAGAGAUCCAGAACCAGACCGAGUGGACUGUGGCUCGGCCGCCACACAAGCAUCGAUACCUGUACCAGCAACCAUCGGGAGAUGAUACAUCAAAUCCCAUCAAGGAAUUGCUGAAUGUCGUCUUCCCGUCGCAGGCUUUCCGGAAGUGGCUUGCUCUGAUUACUGGUGUCGACCACCUUAAGAGCCAUAAUUUCCUUGCCCGUCGCUUCCGUCGCGGCGCAGACUACACUUUGGCCAGUGGCUACACUGGCGAGGAGCCCCGCCUAGAGUUCACUCUCGGUCUGACUCCGACAAUUGGAUGGGAGAAGCAAGAAGACAAUGAAGAGGACUCCGAUGAAGACAACGAAAACGGAGAGGCACAGUCUUCAUCCAAGCCUAAAGAGAAGAUCGAGGCCGAGGCCGCCGAGCACCCUUCUGUGGGCGGUUAUGAGAUCUAUAUGGCGGGCGACGACGAUGAAGAAGAUGAUGAAGAUGAGGAAAACGCGGACCAAGUGCUCCGAAAGAAGACCAAGGCGGAUCCUGCUAUCUACCGAUCCGCCGGUGCAGAUGAGGACGAUGGUAUUCUCUUCAGCACUCAGGCCGGAUGGAACAGACUCAGCAUUGUGCUUCGUGACAGCGGCACCCUGAAGUUCGUCAAGUAUGUCAGUGCGUCCGCCAAGGGAGACCGGUGGGACAUCAGCGCAGAUAUCGGAGUGGAGUUUGAGGAUGAGGAUGAUGAAGAUGACGAUGAGAUGGAAGAUGACGAAUAG